AUGGCGUUCAGAGCUUGUUUUCGACCUGCUGCCGUGGCUGGCCGGUCUGCCACUCGCAAUUUCCACUCAACCCGACCUGCUUUUGUGAAUGUUGGUGACGAGAUCCCCAACCUCGAGGUCCUCGUUGAAGGCUCUCCCGGCAACAAAGUCAACCUCGCUCGCGAAUUUGCGUCCGGAAAUGGGCUCAUCAUCGGCGUCCCAGGUGCCUUCAGCGGUGCUUGCUCUCAAACGCAUGUCCCAUCAUAUAUCACCCACCCUCGGAUCCAGGACGUUGGACAAGUUUUCGUGGUGGCUGUCAAUGAUGCCUUCGUGACAAAGGCCUGGGGUGAGGCGCUUGAUCCCGGCAAGACGACUGGCUUUCGAUUUCUCGGUGACCCCAGUGCCGAAUUCACAAAGGCCCUUGAUCUUGAUUUCGAUGCCUCAAAGAUCUUUGGCGGCGUUCGAAGCAAGCGUUACGCUCUUGUCAUCGAAGACGGUAAAGUGAAGUCCGUAAAUGUCGAAAAGGAUAAUACCGGAACAAAUGACUCGAUGGCGGAUAAGGUCCUAGGUGCUACCGGUACCACCGGUAUAGACUGGAAUGCCUAA